AUGAGUAAAGUAGUAAAGAAAACAAAAAACCCAAAUAAUGUUAAUAACAAAAAAAAGAAAUCAAUAGACACAAUUGUUCAAAAUGAUGAGGACAGUUUAAAUUAUAAUCCAUUUACAACAAAGGAAACAAUAAAGCCAUUUGAUUUAGAUAUAGAAGAUGAGAUAGUUGAAAAGGAAGAGAAUAAAAAAGACCCAUUUAAAGAGUUACUUAAAAAAAGAAUAAAACAAAUGAAUGCCAAAGUUGGCAGAAUUAAAGAAAACCAAGAUGAAAGGGAAAGUUUUGAAGAUGAAAUGGAAAAAUCUGGUAAGGAGUGGUAUAAACAAAAUUUAGUGAAUGAUGUUCCAAGAAAAUUAACAAUUAUGUAA